CUGGCCCUGGGCUGUCCCAGCCAGGAAUCAGAGGAAUUCAGAGAGACAGAGACAGAAGGAACAAGUGGCUGCAUGAGGCAGGCACUUGGAGAGUGGGAUCAAGUUUUUCAGGAAUUCCUAACCCAUCUUGGAAGAGGUGGCUGCGGUCCAGUGUGGCCCAGGCGGCAUCAGCCUGGUGCCUGGAGUCUCCACAUUAGCGCCUCCCUUCUAGAAGUGGCUCACGACUGCUGUCCCCAGGGGCCUCCCGAUAAGGCCUCACUCCCUCUCUCCUGCUCAGCUCCACUCUUGAAAUUGAAAUACGGGCUGGAAUUCACUGCACCCCAAAAGUCAUGGGACCCAGGAUAGGUCCAGUGGGUGAGGAGCCCCAGAUGUCAGACAAGGACACCAAGGCCAUGAUGAGCACAGAAGACAUACCUCAAGGCAAGGCCAGCCCAAACUCUCAGGACUUGCAACGAAGUGUGUUCUAUAGCAUCAAGUUCUUCGUCCUGUGCCACAGCCUGCUGCAGCUGGCACAGCUCAUGAUCUCCGGCUACCUCAAGAGCUCCAUCUCCACAGUGGAGAAGCGCUUCGGCCUCUCCAGUCAGACCUCAGGGCUGCUGGCUGCCUUCAAUGAGGUGGGGAACACAGCCCUGAUUGUGUUUGUGAGCUACUUUGGCAGCCGAGUCCACCGGCCCCGACUGAUCGGCUAUGGGGCUGUCCUUGUGGCCCUGGCAGGCCUGCUCAUGAGUCUCCCACACUUCAUCUCGGAGCCAUACCGCUACGACCAUGCCAGCCCCGUGGACAUGCCACAGGAUUUUGAGGCUUCUCUGUGCCAGUCCAAAACCUUGGUCCCAGACCCAACCCCAGCUCCCUCCAACAGCAGCUGCUCAAGCUACACGGAGACCCAACAUUUGGCUGUGGUGGGGAUAAUGUUCACGGCACAGACCCUGCUCGGCGUGGGCGGUGUGCCCAUUCAGCCCUUCGGCAUCUCCUACAUCGAUGAUUUUGCCCACAACAGCAAUUCGCCCCUCUACCUUGGGAUCCUGUUUGCAGUAACCAUGAUGGGGCCAGGCAUGGCCUAUGGGCUGGGCGGUCUCAUGCUGCGCCUUUAUGUAGACAUCGACCGGAUGCCAGAAGGUGGUAUCAGCCUGACCUCAAAGGACCCCCGAUGGGUGGGUGCCUGGUGGCUGGGCUUCCUCAUCUCCGCUGGUGCGGUGGCCCUGGCUGCCAUCCCCUACUUCUUCUUCCCCAAGGAGAUGCCCAAGGAGAAGCAUGAACUUCGCUUUUGGCGAAAGGUCUUGACGGUCUCAGACUCACCUGUCAGCAAAGGUGAAGAUUCUCCCUCUGAGCAGAGUCUGCAGGAACCUCUAGAGAAGCAGGAUGGCCUAGUCCAGAUUGCACCAGACCUGACUGUGAUCCAGUUUAUCAAAGUGUUCCCCAGGGUGCUGCUGCGGACCCUGCGCCACCCCAUCUUCCUGCUGGUGGUCCUGUCUCAGGUGUGCAUGUCAUCCAUGGUGGCAGGCAUGGCCACCUUCUUGCCCAAGUUCCUGGAGCGCCAGUUUUCCGUCACAGCGUCCUACGCCAACUUGCUCAUAGGCGGCCUCACCAUCCCAUCGGCCAUUAUAGGCAUCGUGGUCGGGGGCAUGCUGGUCAAGCGCCUCCACCUGGGCCCCAUGCGCUGUGGAGCCCUCUGCCUGCUGGGGGCGCUGUUCUGCUUACUUCUCAGCCUGCCCCUCUUUUUCAUGGGCUGCCCUACCCACCAGAUUGCAGGCAUCACCCACGAGCCUGGCAACUUGCCUGGACUAGAACAGUUUCCAGCCUGCAGAGGGAAUUGCUCCUGUCCAUUGGACAACUUUAACCCUAUCUGCGACCCCAGCACCCAUGUGGAGUACCUCACACCCUGCCAGGCAGGCUGCACAAGCCGGGUGGUCCAGGAGGCUCUGGACAAAAGCCAGGUUUUCUACACCAACUGCAGCUGCGUGGUAGGGGGAGGCCCUGUGCCCGCGGGCUCCUGCGACUCCGCCUGCAGCCACCUGGUGCUGCCCUUCAUGUUCCUGGUCAGCCUGGGUGCGGCACUGGCCAGUCUCACCCACACACCCUCCUUCAUGCUCAUCCUAAGAGGAGUGAAGAAAGAAGACAAGACGCUGGCUGUGGGGAUCCAGUUCAUGCUCCUGAGAGUUUUGGCCUGGAUGCCCAGCCCAGUGAUCCACGGCAGCGCCAUCGACACCACCUGUGUGUACUGGGCCCAGAGCUGUGGGCGGCGGGCCGUUUGUCGCUACUAUGACCAUGACCUGCUCCGAAACCGCAACUCAGAGCAGUAAGUGAAGAUGUCAGCACCUUGGACAGCGCCCAACCCAUUACAGUUCUCAGAGCCAGCGGAAGCCAAGCUCUCCAACUCCCUUAGCCUCUGGGUGAUGGAUUUCCUCGUUUCUCAAUUUGAUUAAAGCCCAGUAGAUAAGCAGAGCGCAUUGUUCCUUUCUUUUCUCUCUUGCUGAUGAACAUAAUUAACUCCGUCAGGCUGGGAAUACUUGCUCUUAAAUAGUGCCUUUCCAGCCCCCACCCAGGCAUGCGUCAAUAAUACGCAGUCAAAACAUUUGGAAGACACACGUUCUUUCCUGGGGAAUGGAAGUGGGAGAGGAAGCUCUUCCUGAGAUAUACAGGGGCUGUGACUGGAGACUGAAAAAUUGUGGUUGGGUAAAGAAAACCUUGAGCCAAAAGUCAGGAAAUCUUAAGUUUGUUCUGGCUUUGCCACUAAUCCAGAUAGGAUCUAGAACAAGUCACAUGCUCUUUAUGAGCCUGUUUUUUCCAUUUAUAAGAUGAGGAUAUUGGAUGAGAGGAUCUCAAAUGCUAUGUUCAGUGCUUAGAUUCUAUGGGGAGGAUUAAAACAGAGGGAAAGAGGCUUGCCUAAGGUCACAAAGCAAGCUCGUGGCAAAGCUGGUUUUGAAUUCAUGACUCCUGGCUUCUACUUCAGUGCUAUUUCCUUUACACAGAACUUCUCCCUUCCUCCAUAUUACAGAAUUUCUUGCCUGGGGAUGUGGCUGAGGCAGCUGAAGAGGGGUGGGAUUGAGAUUAUUGGUGCCAACAAAAGAAAAUAAAAUUUAAGAUAUGUGGAAAUGCUGAUGUCUCUGAAGAGAGCAGAGAACAUAGUAGAAAUAAUUAAAAUUAGGGGGAAAGGAUCACCUGAUAGAGACAGAAAUUCAACUCCAAACUCAGAGAAUCCCAUAGAGGCUUUGUUACUUCUCCAAGGCCAUCCAGCAAGGCAACUGUAGAAUCCUCUUAAAGAGAAAGACCAAACUCUUGAUUAACUACUGGGGGUAUCCCUGUCAGAGAAGGAACAAUAUGAAUCACUGCAUAUGUAUCAGGUUACUAAAGUGUGCCCAGCUCUGUAUUUCGUACUUUAGUGGGGGCAUAAGGAGUAAGACAUGAAUUCUGUUCUCUGUAUCUUUGAUAUGCUGCUUCUUUUACUUGGAAUUACUUCCAAUGCAUUUAUGUAUGUCCACAUACUGUUGUUCUACUAAGGCCCAACCCGAAAGUUUACCCUGGCAAGAAGAUAUCCAUAGCCUUAUCCAGAUACCACUUCUCCCUCCUCUGAAUCCCCAAAGCAUUUUCAUUGUUCCUGUUUUACAGUACUCAUCAUCAUCUGCUUUAACUGCUCCCAAAGAAUGAGCACCUGUAUUUUACUCAGUUUUGAAUCACUCAGAAUGCUCAACACAGAUUUAAAAUAUAAUAGAACCCCAGUAAGUACUGGAUGGAUGGACAGAUGGAUGAUGAAUAUAGAUGUAUGAGUGACUGGGACAGGGAGUAGAUGAAGAGAUGGAUGUGUGGAUGGAUAGGAGGUUUAUAUUGGUAGAUGGUGAAUGGAUGGAUGAACAGUUAAGUAGAUGAUCAGACAGGUGGACAGAAAUGUAUAAAUGAGUAAAUGAGCUGGUUCGUAGGUAGGUGGAUGGACAGGUGAAUGAGUGCAUGAAUGAAUCUAUGGGCAGCUGAGUAGAACAGUAUGUAGGCAGAGAGUGAGGUUGGUGAAUGGAUGGAUGAAUAUAUAGAUAGUAGUGUGGGUGAAUGGGUAGAUGGAUAAUUGCAUGAUUGUAUGAGAAAUGUCAGGGUAGAUGUUAAGAAUUAUGGGGAAGAAACAUGGAGAUGUUCCUAAUUAUCACAAAGAUCAUUUUCAUGGAGACUUUCCAUUGCUAAUGUCAGAAAAAAAAAUGAUGAUGGGGAUUUGCUGACUCUGUGUGUAAGCUAAGUCAAAAGUGUGCUAUCCAGCCUCAAAAGAUCUCCAUCAAUUUCAGGCUCUAUCAAUGGAAAUCUAAUAUCAACAUCAGAAAAGGUGACAGUCCUGCCCUGACCUGUUCACACUGUCCUGAAGUCUUUGUUCUGCUCUGUGCAUCUGGGGAGAUGAUGAUCUCCAUGCCUUGUCCACAGAAGAGAUACAGUGGGGAGUAAUAUGUGAAGUCUACCAAAUAAAGAACUAGUGAAAGAGCCAGGAGUGUUCAGCCUGAAGAAGAGCAAUCACCAUGUCUCAGGAUCUGGCUGCCUGUUCUGGGGCAGGCCCUGUGGCCCCAGAGGCAAAGCUGGGUCUCAGAAGUCACAAGGCUGGUGUCUCAGCCCCAUUUGAGAAAGGCCAUCAUACAAGGGAAGGGUUAUCUCAGGGGAGUGAGCCCCCCAUCUCUGGGGGUACACAAGUAAGAUCUGGACAUCCGCUAUCAGAGAAGCUGCAAAGUGAAGAUUUGCUUGGUGUAGAAAGUAAAUAAAGAUAACACCAGGACACCUGGGUGGCUCAGUCGGUUAAGCAUCUGACUUUGACUCAGGUCAUCAUCUCAUGGUCUGUGAGUUCAGGCCUCAUGUUGGGCUCUAUGCUGACAGCUCAGAGCCUGGAGCCUGCUUCCCAUUCUGUGUCUCCCUCUUUCUCUGCCCCUCCCCCACUCACACUCUUUCUUUUGUCUCUCAAAAAAUGAAUAAACAUUAAAAAAAGUUUUUAAAAAGGCAACACCAAGGUCUCUUCCCACCCCCAAAUUAUAUCAUCUGUUCAUCUCUUCAUUUCUCAAUAAAUUAUGUUAGGCUGUGCCCUGUGCUCACAUUGGAAUGCUGGCCAGAGCUGAGAGUUUGGGGAGAUUUGAGAGAAAGGUAGUGCUUAUGGGACCCUCAACUUUCUGUCCCUGUAGGACUGGGUUUGACAAAUGAGGAGGAGGUGAAAAUGUCCUUUCAGAGACCCAAAUGACUGGGGAGGGGGAGGAUCAGAGCCACACAGAGCCAAUCCAUGACCUAGAUUCCCUGUAAUUAAUGAGCCUACGUCACUGACGUGUUGGCUUCUGAUCAGUGCUGUCUCCCCAGCCCCGCCCAACUCUCUGGUAUGAGAAGAUUAAAUCAAUUAGGAGGAGGAGAUCUGGCUGGCGCUGGUUGGGAACAGAGGAUAAUUCACUUACAUAACAGGGGAUUGGGGUUUGCACUUGGCCCUUGAGUAGUGGGUGUGGGUCCUAGACCCCAGGCCUUUGGGGAGAGACUUCAAGAGUUAAAAGUGAAUGCAGAAAGGGCAAGGGGGUCCAGGGAAAGAAGGAGUGAUGACCCCAGGUAAAGGCCCAUCUUUCGUGUUCCUGCUGAGAACUAACCCCCGGUUUUCUGGGCUGAGAGAGAGCCAAAUUGAAAAAUUACUCUUCUUACCCCAAAUGAGAGGGUUCCCAGCCACUAGAAUCAUUCAACAGUGAAAAUCUGACCACGCCUCUCUCCUUAGCUGGCAUUUAAGGUCCUGCAGCCUCUCCCACCGCAUCUCCUACCUCCAGGGCAGUGGGGGUGUGUAGAAAGGAAACAAACACGUCCUGGAUUUCCCUCUGUGCCAGAUCCUGGCUAGGCACUGAAGGUACAGAGAGAAACAAGUCCAGUUCCCUCAUAAGUGUUGCCUUCUGAGGAAGACAUAUACCUGCAACACUCUGUGCCAAGCAGUAUAACAGAGGACUGCAGGGGCAGGGUCCAGAGGGGGCACAGUGAGGGAGGCCUCCC